UAUAUAAACCGAUCAAAAGUCUAUCCCUGCGUAGCGUGCCGCACACACCACCACGAUGGGCUCGAGGUCGGAAUCUCAGAACAGAUUUAGCAUUCGCGAGCUUUUCCCUCAAGCCUAUGAGCGGAACUUAUCGUUCGAGCUGGUCCCUACACACAAUAUUAGCAGUGCAUCUACGACAAGCAGCCACGAAGAUCUGUCCUCAGUCCACACUUCGACCCCAAAGAGCGAGCAAAGACAUGGAUUUCCCAUCAAGAGAGAGCAUCUUUCCUGUGAUACAGUUUCUCAAUCAAGAUCGCCAUACAGCCCUCGGUCGAGCCGCAGGGCCAGGUCACUAAGUUAUGUGAAGAGUAGAAGAUCACAUCGCAGCCAAUCAGACGAUUCGCCAUCAUAUGUUCCACCAGUCUUGUGCAAGAGAACGUUUGCUCCCAUUUAUGACGAAGGUCCAAGAACCAGUGCCUCGGUUUGCUCGUCCCCAGGCACUCGGUCAAGUCCCUAUUCGUCCCCAGGCACUCGGCCAAGUCCCUAUUCGUCCCCAGGCACUCGGCCAAGUCCCUAUUCGUCCCCAGGCACUCGGCCAAGUCCCUAUUCGUCCCCAGGCACUCGGCCAAGUCCCUAUUCGUCCACCGGCACUCGGCCAAGUCCCUGCUCGUCCACCGGCACUCGAUCUAGUCCUUGCUCGUCCCCAGGCACUCGAUCUAGUCCCUGCUCGUCCCCCGGCACUCGGCCUAGUCUCUGCUCGUCCCCCGACACUCGAACCACUACUCGUUCAUUUUUUACCGAGCACCAGGUGGCGUGUCUGCAGCGUGUUUUCGCGAACCGGCGGUACGUGUGCUCAAGUGAACGCCAGAAGCUCGCCAAAGAGUUGAACAUGACGGACCAGCAGGUGAAGACGUGGUUUCAAAACAGACGAAUGAAAGUCAAGCGAAAACGCCAAGAGCAAAUGCACCAAGACUACAUCUCAAAACUCGCCUAUAUCCAUAGUGUAGCAAACAACGUCAAGCCACAGCGAUACCACGACUACCUAGGAACAAUGUACGCCACAGGGUACCCAAUAAUGCCGCACUCCAACCCCUUUCAGCAACCUCGCCUCGGUCCCAUGGCGCCAGUGUUCGGUGGGGAGUAUCCUGGACCCGAGUUUAACAAACUAGGGUUUCCCAUCAGCCAUUGCGUGCCUCUCUUGCCGUUUGACAGGCCACUUUAUAAUCUUCCACCAAGACCCUUGAUGCCAUAGUAACAGUCCAUGCCACAAUCUUCCGCCAAGUACCCCGUUACCAUAUAACAGGUCAUUCUACAAUCUUCCACAGAAACAGAAUUGCUCGUUGAUAAAAUUCAUAUACGUAGAAGUCUUCAAUCUAAUUUCUAUUUUGUUAAAGAGUGUGAAUUCAGCUGUUGGAUUAAAAGUCGUAUUCUAUU